AUGUCACCCAGUCAACAAACCCACUUUAAGCUGCUCCAGAAGUUCAAGCCGGAGUACUCGCCUAGCGAAUUUGUUCAAUAUGAAUCGGAGCGCACGGGCAUGCGGGUUGUGGUCAUCGACCAGCAGGGUCCCAAGGUGACGGGGUAUUUUGUCCUUGCCACCGAGAUCACCGAUGAUUCGGGCGCCCCGCACACGUUAGAACACCUGUGCUUCAUGGGGUCGCGCAACUACAGAUAUAAGGGAUUUCUCGAUAAGCUCGCCACGCGGGUCUAUUCGAGUACUAACGCCUGGACAGCCACCGAUCACACCGCGUAUACGCUGGAUACCGCAGGCUGGGAAGGCUUCGCGGAGAUCCUGCCCAUCUAUCUGGAGCAUGUCAUCGCGCCGACCCUGACCGACGAGGGCUGCUACACCGAGGUGCACCACAUCGAUGGCACCGGAAACGAUGCCGGCGUCGUCUAUUCGGAGAUGCAGGGCGUGCAGAACAAUGCGGCGGAGCUGAUGGAUCUGACCGCCCGGCGAUUGACUUACCCCCCCGGGGUCGGAUUCCGGUACGAGACCGGCGGGAUGAUGGAGCAGCUCCGGGUCCUGUCGGCGGAGCGCAUCAGAGAGUUUCAUCGCGAGAUGUACCAGCCGCGGAACCUGUGUCUGGUCAUCACCGGUGAGGUCGACCAGGCGAACAUGCUGGAGGUUCUGGAUAAAUUCGAAGACACCAUCUUAGACGUAAUUCCCAGCCCGGAGUCGCCCUUUAAGCGCCCGUGGGUGGAUUCGAAGCAGGCUCCGCCGCUGGAAAAGUCAGUCCUGUCGAGGGUGGAGUUUCCGGAGGAAGAUGAAUCUUUUGGUGAAAUAGAGAUUCGGUUCCUGGGCCCUGAUUGCUCCGACCCAGUUCAGUCGGGUGCGCUGAAUGUAUCCCUUCAGUACCUGGCGGGGUCGUCUGCGUCCCUGCUGGACAAUAUCCUCGUCGAAAAGGAGCAGCUGGCCAGUGCGGUUUUCUAUGCCACGGACGACCACCCUAGUAUCGAAAUCCGCUUCACACUGACGAGCGUGGAGACUGAGAAGCUGGCCGAGGUGGAGAAGCGAUUCUUCGACGUGCUCAAGGAAGCCAUGGACAAGGAGCUCGAUAUGAGGUACCUGAAGGAAUGUAUCGACCGGCAGAGGCGGACCUGGAAGUUCUCCACGGAGAGCUCCGCGUCUUCGUUUGCGGAGUAUGCCAUCUCCGAUUUCCUGUACGGCAAGCGAGACGGUUCGACCAUGCUGGAUGUUGCCACCCUGAAAGAAUACGACACCCUCGAGCAAUGGAAGGAGACGGAAUGGCGCAGCUUCAUCAAGAAAUGGAUCUCCGAUGCGCCCCACGUCACCAUCCUGGGUGUCCCAUCCACCAAGAUGUCCGACACGCUGAAGCAGGAGGAAGAGUCUCGCGUCGCAGCGCAGAAGAAGCGCUUGGGCGAGAAGGGGUUGAAAGAGCUGGCGGACCGCCUCGAAAAGGCCAAGGCGGAGAACGAUAAGGAUAUUCCAAAGGAGAUGCUGGGCAAGUUCGAGAUACCUGGCAUCGAAUCCAUCCACUUCGUGGAGUCGACCACCGCACGAUCCGGCGAGGCCCUCAAGGCGGGACGCCCGGCGCACAAGGCUCAGCAGAUCGUCGAUGCGGACGGCUCAGACCUGCCGCUGUUCAUCCACUUUGAGCACAUCCCCAGCAGCUUCGUGCAGCUCUCCCUGCUGAUCUCCGCCGAAUCGGUACCGGUCCACCUCCGCCCCCUCCUAUCCGUGUACACGGAAGCGUUCUUCAACGUCCCGAUCAAGCGCGACGGCAAGAUCAUCAGCUUUGAACAGGUGGUGGUCGAGAUGGAGCGCGAUACGGUCGGUUAUACGAUGGAAGGAGCCAGGACCAUGGGCAACUCGGAGAUGCUGCGCAUCUCCUUCCAGGUCGAGGUCGAGAAGUACGAGACGGCGAUCGCCUGGCUCCAGGAGAUCUCCUGGAACUCGAUCUUCGACGUGGAGCGACUCCGCGCCAUCACCAGCCGGCUGCUCUCCGACGUGCCCGACUCCAAGCGCAACGGCGACGACAUGCUCGCAGCCGUGCACGUCAUGGUCCACUACGCCCCCGAGUCGAUUGUGCGGGCCCGCAGCACUUUGGUCAAGGCUCGCUACCUCAAGCGCAUCAAGCGCCAGCUGGCCGACGAGCCCGACACCGUCGUGGCGCGCAUGGAGGAGAUCCGGGAGGCGAUCUUCAAGCCCGAGAACAUGCGCUUGCUCGUGAUCGGCGACCUCGAACGGAUCCCGAACCCGGUGUCCGCCUGGAAGCCGUUCACGGACCGACUGGGCGCCCCGGGCGCUCUCCAGCCCAUCACCGCGCGACGCCCCCUGCUGAGCGAAGCGGGCCGGAACCUGGGUGGUCACUCAUACGUGGUGCCCAUGGCGACCGUCGACUCCUCGUUCGCGUACGCCACGGCACGCGGCCUCGACUCCCACGACGACCCGAACCUUCCCGCAUUGCUAGUAGCGACAGCCUACAUGAACGCGGUCGAAGGACCGUUGUGGGUGGCGGUUCGCGGCAAGGGCCUGGCAUACGGCACCAACUUCGCAUACAACGUUGAAACCGGGUUCGUCAACUUCGACGUGUACCGGUCUCCGAACGCGCACAAGGCGUUCGAGGCCAGCAAGCAGAUCGUCGAAGACCACCUGUCCGGGGCGAUGCCCUUCGACCCGCUGAUGAUGGAGGGCGCGAUCAGCAGCAUCGUGGUCGGCUUCGCCAACGAGCAGGCGACGAUCGCCAGCGCCGCGCUGGGCAGCUUCACGCGGCAGGUGGUGCGCAACCUGCCGUCGGAUUACAAGGAGAAGCUGCUGCGGAAGGUGCGGGACACAGGCGUGGAGGACGUGAAGAAGGCUUUGAAGGAGAUUAUCCUGCCCUUGUUCGCGCCGGACACGGCUAAUAUUGUUGUUACUUGUGCUACUGUGAUGGAGGAGACCAUCAAGAACGGCCUCGAGGAAUCCGGCUUCAAGCCCCAGGUGCAGCCGCUCAAGGAGUUCGAAGACGACUACGGGUUGAAGGUCGACGGGGACGAAGCCGAGGAGUCGGACGAGGACUCCGAGUAUGAGACGGGAUCUGAAGAUGAUGAGGAAAUGAGCGACGCUUGA